CUACUACUAUGACAUAGUACGGUAGUAUGCAUAUACAUGUAAUAAUGCUUCUGUGAUUGAAUCAAAACGUACCGGUACCGGAAUGUCUUUUAAAUCGUUCGGACACCGCGAAAGAGACGGCACGUGACGUCAUUUAUGUGGCAAGAUCCCCACUUCGAUUAUUAGUGCUCUUUUGAUCUUCAUCCGUGUGUUCAAAGGCAGCCGUUGCUUCGACGUUCAUUUUUUUUGAGCUCAUCAAACGCCGACACUUGCCUCAUCACAACCAACUUCAUCGUCGCUUCUACCAUAAAGUAGCUAUAUAUUCAUUCAUUCGUCCAACCAUGGGAAUCGAUACCGAACACUUUGUCGAUCAGCCAGUCAACGAAGACUACGUAUGUUUCAUUUGCUAUCAAGUUCAGAAUGAGCCAACAAUCGUCUGUUCCUAUUUUCAUUCCUUCUGUUUUUCUUGCAUUUCGACUUGGGCCGAACAAAGCAACGAUUGUCCCAUGUGUCGUCGAUUUAUGCCUAGAAACAAGCAAGUCAGUCGGGGUAUAAGUCGCAGGAUUAUGAAUCUACAGGUACGAUGCCCCAAGCACAUCAACGACAACAAAGACAUCAACAAUAAGGAAAACACACCGCCCCAGCAACAACAAGUAGUCAAAACGAUCGUUCGCACAGUUCCUGGUCGAACCCUCCGCAGUGGAAAGCGCACUCAGAUCCAGCAAAAACAGACCGAGGUGGUUCCACCGCCUUCUCCUCAGGGUUGUUCUUGGACUGGACCUCUACGAUGCCUCGAAGAUCAUCAGACCAAGGAGUGCCACUUCACCAUGAUCACCUGCAACUUGUGCCAAGAAACGAUCCGAGCGUCCGAGUCCAACACGCAUAGUCAAAACGAGUGCCCUCAACGCAUGGUCACUUGUCCAAUGUGCCAAGACGAAGAUAUCAAGGCGUCGACGUUGGUGUUUCACAAGGACAGGAUGUGUCCGGCCGCCCUCGUAACUUGCCAGCUUUGCCAAGACCAAGUCCAGCGCCGAAACCUUCAUUCCAUCCACCCUGGUGUCUGUCCCAAAGUUCUAGUUCCCUGCCCAUUGGCCCAACUUGGAUGUUGCCAUGCCAGAGAUCCCCGAGAGGAUUUGCAAGCCCACUGCUGCAAUCCAGAGCAUCUUCAGCUGGUGUCCGACGAGUUGCAUUGGCAGAAACUCCACAUGGAUUGGGAUCUUUCACGUGGCCACAUUGGCGCCUUGAAGAACAAGGAGGUGGUACAAUCCUCCACCAUUGAGACCAACGAUUUGGACUUUUUCUUGCAAGUCUACGUGAACAACAGCAACGACAACAUUCGUAUCCUCCUGCAUCUGACCGUCAAGUCCUACACGUUUGUGAGUACCCCUUUGGAUCCUGUCUCUAUCCACUGGAAGGGAGCCAAAUCUUAUUCGUUUCCAUCAGGCGGUCACACCAGCAACAACCUUCCAACGACUGCUCCAGAUUACGCCACCAAGGCAUUCUCUUUCUCAAUGGCUAGUAGUAGGACCGAGGACGGCAACCAGCAGCCAUUCACUCUUCCAAUGUUGGAAGAAAGUUUUGGAGAUCUCGACUCGAUUGCUAUUUCUGCAACCUUCAAGCUCCGAAAGCGCGACAGCUUCCGUGUCUACUGAAAUUGGAUCAAGCCUGCAAUUGUCAAGCUUCACAAUCCAACGACCCCUUGCUGUCCGUCUCAAAUUCCACUCGAGCCUUUAGGUUACCGGUACAGCAUCCAAUCCAACAACGCACUGAGAACUGCAGGGAAUAGCUCAACUCUAAUCAAUUUAAAAUACAGCUACUAUAUAAUCAC